CGCUUGUAUAGUCUGUGGCGUUAUGUGAUGCGCACGUCUGUUAUGUACUUGUGAUUACAAUAAAAAUACGUACAUACGUAAUACUUAUAUCAAGGUUACGAUAAUUAUUACUUGAUAAGCUUAUGUAAAGUUAAUUCAUAUUCUAACUAGUUGUCAAUGAGGUGUCUAAUAAGGUGAAUUUUAUGUAUUAAAAAUUAGUGAAAAAACAAUAGUUAACUGCAUACCGGAACUUAUAAAUUGUUGUGUGUCUAUUGCGGAAGUAAUAAAUAAAUUAAAAAAAAAUGCAGAUUCGCCAAAGAAAGUUAAAAGAUGAUACCGCAGCUCCACAUAUCAACGUUAGAAGUAGGACCAUAAAGCACACACGGAAAUUGAAGAAGAUUUUUAUUUUCCUCAUAAUAUUGGCAUUAUGCAUCACAUACUUUUUGGGGCUGUUUGCUGGCCAGUCACAAUGGUUGGACGGCAUCGCAAAGAGUUUGGGCUACGAGAGUGUCUAUCAUCACGCGGUCAUUAUCGACGCCGGCUCUUCGGGAUCCAGGGUGCUUGCUUAUAAGUUUAGAGUACCUUUUACAGUAUUCGGCCCGGGUAACCUGGACUUAGUAGAUGAAUACUUUGAACAGUCCAAACCCGGACUCUCGUCUUACGCUGAUGACCCGGCGAAGGGUGCAGAUACAAUAGUGCAAUUAAUAAAGAAAGCGGAGUUCCUCACACCUCUUGAGAAGAGGAAGUCGACUCCUCUCAUAGUUCGAGCCACGGCUGGUCUGCGACUGUUGCCAGCUGACAAGGCACAGCAACUCAUCGACCAUGUCGCUAGAGCCAUAUCCCAACUGGGGUACGAUGUGGCUCUUGAUGGCGUGAAGAUCAUGGACGGCUCUGAUGAAGGAAUCUUCAUCUGGUACACCAUCAACCUCUUACAUAACCUCAUGGGCGGGUCAACAAUGGCGGCCCUGGACCUCGGCGGUGGGUCCACACAGAUCACCUACCAGUUGAGCAAUAAAGAGACUGCCAACUUCCCCAAAAAGGACCAAUACGUCGUACCCGCUGGGGAUAACAUCACUCUCUAUACACAUAGCUACUUGAAGCUAGGUCUGCUGGCGGCUCGAUAUGGUGUAUUUCAAUCGGAGGCGUCCGAGGGAGAGACACAGGAGUUCCGAUCCGUAUGUGUCGACCCCAUCAUACAACGGGAACCAUGGACUUAUGCUAACAAGAACUACUUCGUCAGCGGUGCGUUCCGCGUGCACGGGUCGAAGCGGUCAGCAAUAUACGCGGCGUGUCACGACGCCGUGCGGCGCAGCGUGAUGCCCAACGUGGACUGGGAGCCCAAGCGCGCGCCGCUCGGCAGCGUGGCCGCCAUGAGCUAUUUCUACGACGUCGCGGCCGACGCGGGCAUUAUAGAUGUAAUGACGGGCGGGCAAGUCUCAGUAGCGGCUUACCGCAAGGCAGCUUUGGAAGCGUGCUCUACUCCCAACGUAGACCAGCCGUGGGCCUGCAUAGACUUGGUGUACAUCGUCACAUUACUGCAAGAUGUCUACAAGAUCAGUGAUAAUGAACCGAUAUAUUUAUUCAAGAAAGUGAACGGCCACGAAGUAUCGUGGGCGCUGGGACUUGCGUACACGACGAUCAUGAACCGCAUCGUGAUCAUGCCUUAAUGUCGCAUCCAGUUAAGAGUACUAGCUACAACCUGCAAACCAUCACUGCUUCACGUGGUUACAAACAAACCAACAUAUAACUGAUUAUUAAACAAAGCUAUAAAAAUAUGUACACGAUUGCUCAGGUUUUUGGGGACUCCAAAGUCUCCUAAGCUGUUUUUCAAGACAGAAUUAAGUGUUACAGUAAAACCUUUGCUAUGCCAAAAAGAGCCUUAUUUGUAUAGUAAAAUGAUUGAUUUACUUAAUGUAAUCACGUGAAAAUAUUAGAGAGUGAGUUUGCAACAGGUCUGGGUCGAAGUGAAUUGAAUAGUUUGAGUAUGUGUCACUUCACUGUGUGCAAAGAAUUAGUGAUUUUUGAUUUGCCAUGAAAAUCUCAGAUUUAUAAUUAAAUUAACCUCAUAUUUGGUUGUUAUAUUUAUUUAUUUUUAGGCUACACUAUUUCACUCGUUUCGACUCAGACCAAUUAUAAUAUUAACAAAUUAUGUGAUUUGACCUGAAACCAUUACCUCUUCGGUACUCUAUGUGAUAUAAAUAAUAUAUAUCUUAAGGACUUUAUCAUUUCUUGUCUAUUCCACUGUAUUUGUAAGUAAUAAUUCGCUAAAAGCUGUCUUUAAUAUAUUUUCAAUACCCAUAGUUGGAUGCACAUAAAGUAAUAUAGGAUGUAUGUUAUAUUACUGUUGCCAAUGGGGAUAAUUAAAAAACAUGGCCGCACUUUAUAUAACUUGCCUUAGCCAAUCACGAAGCGUUAUUUUGACAGUUCUAAUGUCACCUGUCAAAAUAGUGAAACCAGUUUAUUACCCCGUUAGAAAAUGUUCGAAUUUAAGCCUUAUGAAUGCGACGCAUAUUGCUCUGAAAUAAAAAAAAGUAAAUACCUUUUUAAGCGUAUUGAAGCUGGUCUUUAUCGCUUAUGGAAGAAUUUUAUUUUUUCAAUAAUGAGACAAGUUGUGAUUUGCUGUGUGUUAGCCAUUCAGAAUGUUAGAUUUAUUGUUUGAAUGAUGAUUAAUAUAUUAUUUACGGAUCCUAUAACUAGACUUGUCUAUAGCUAAAGUUACACAAAGAAAGGUAGCAAUUUAAGUUAAUUAUUGAAAUAUUUCACUUCAUCACAAUAUCUACUAAAUAUAUACGCGAAUCUACGAAUACAAUAAGUUAUGAGAUAGUCCCAGAGAUAAGAAGAUAAGAAGUUAUUGGUAAAUCAGAAUUUACAGGGGUAAAUAAGUCCAUAGGGAUGGACUUGCAGAGCCGCAAACGAAUAUUUGCGAGAUAAAAAGUAGGUACUUAUAUUCGAGUAAACCAAAAAACAAAGAAACCAAAAUCAGUUUAAUGUAAAUGUUAUUGUUUUUCGAUAUUAUUUAAUUCUGUGUUUUAGUCGUUUAGUAAACUAAUUGGGGUCAUAGAGAUAUAUCCACGGGUCAACAUACAAUUACAUCUUCGACUUUUACAAAUAAACGAAUUAUUUGAUAUCUGGGGUUUUCGACUACUCACAUUCAACAACGCAGCUACAACUAAUUGGUUAUGUUUGAAUUAUAUAUGAUUUUUAUCUUCAUCUCGUCGUAAACAUUGAUUUUUGUAUUUUAUACGGAAAAAUACGGGUAUACAUCAAUUUCCAUAGCAGCAUUUUACUGCACCCUUUCUUUGUGAAAUUUUAAAGAUUCGUUUUAUUUAUGUACUAGAUAAUGCUGUAUGCACAUAAAUGUAAUAAUAGCCACAAUUAUUUCAAUGCACAAUUGGAUUAUUUUCAUAAGGUUAAUAUGUUGCUCAUUUAUAUUUUCUACGUGAUUGAUACUUAUUAUUUUAAGUAUGUAAGUAAUUAUAAAAUUGCAUUUGCACGCAGUUUUCUUUACAUUUACUAAGGUAUCAUAAAGUUAUGCAUGUAUUUACUUUCUUUGGUUGUUGGUUUUAUAAAACGAAGGACAAUUUUGUUUCGGCAACUUAUUCCCGAGUAAUACUAAAGAGGGGUUUGAAUUAGUCGAUUUUCGAACAAAUAGUCAUGUCCAAAAAUCGACUAAUAUUAUAUUUUUCUCUAUAAAGCGUAUUAUAUUCGAUUAUUUUUGAUUAUCUCAUAAUUCGAGAGAUAUAUUAAUUUAUGUUUAAUCUUACACUAACCGCCGUAUUUAAAGUCAUUUAAUGGCUACUUAACCCAGUCCUUAGCAAUUGUUUUCGGAACAAAAUGAUUACUAAGGAAUAGUUUAAGUAAGCAUUAAAUGUCUCUAAGUCUCACAGUAAGGGCCUGUUUCGCCUUUCUAGCUAAGUUGUAAUUAGUCUAACUGACGGAUUAGUAGACUGUCUAAAAUGUGUCAGAUAAGCUAAGAGGCACUUAAAUAGAAAUGUUGAAAACAGCCUUUAGAUUAAAAGUAACUGCGAUUAUACAUAGAUUGCAGUUUGUCAUCCAUCCAUGCACGUUUAGUUCAAUAUGUAAGAACUUUGAAUCAAAGGGAUGCAUAGUAUUGUUGUGUUUAGUUACUCAUUAGCUACUGAGCUAAGCGAAUAUUCUAUUAGUAUUCCGUGAACGUGUCAGAUCUCUUUUGAGACAAAAUGUUGCAGUAAAGUAAAGAAUAUUUGUUAUUAUUAUGAGACUAUGAAGUCCAAAAAAUGGUUGAUAGGAAAUAACACUAUAAUUUUAUGUUCGGUAAAAAAUUGUGACUAUAUACGUUAAGCUAUGUUUAGUUAUUUAUGUUCUCAGAAAUGCAUUAUUUUUAUGUUCCAUUUUAUUAUUGAAGGUUGUAUUGUAUGAGUGAUUUGAGUUAUAAAAUAACUUAUCGUGUAAGUUCUUAUGAUAAGCUCUUUCAAAUUUAUAAAUAAUCAAAUGCUAUUUUUAUGAAGACGUUGUUUUCCAUUUUCUAUGCAAUAUAUGAGACGUUUUGUAGCUUCCUUGCACUAUUUAGGUAUUGAUACCUAGCCGACGUGGUCAAAUUGGUGUUAUGUGUAAGUUGUACAAAUUUAAUAAAUGUUGGAUCUAA